AUGGGCACCACCACCUUUAAGCUCAGUCCAUUGAUUUCGCAGUCCCUCAACGAUACCCCCAGGACGCGAGGAUCCAACUUCACAUCAGAAGAAGACAUUUUCGUUGGCCGGGCAUGGAUAAGGGUUUCAGAAGACCCAGUCACAGGGUCCGAACAAAAAGGCGCUCGCUUUUAUGACCGUAUGUGUGACCACUAUCACACCUUCAACGCCCCUGGCUUUGAAAAAAGAACAAUGGAAAGCAUUCGGACAGGGUCAAAAUUAAUAAACAAGGAAUGUGUGAAGUUUGGUUCAUGCUUCGUUGCGGUUCGGAGAUCAAAACCGACGGGGGUCUCAGAAGAAGACAUGAUCAGGAUGGCUACAGAAUUUUUCAACGACGUACAGAUACAGCACCCAAACGACCACGUAGGUAGAAAGUUCAAGUUUUUGCCAGUUUGGAAACUGCUUCGAUCACACGAAAAAUUUAGUGGAGGGGGCCAUGGAUCCAUGCCCGGCGGAACGCAGACUGCAAGUGAUGGCUUAAUAGCCGGAGAAAAGGACCCAUUUAUUUGUGCGGAAAGUUCGCCGGAUGGUGACGAAGUGACAAGUACCAGAAAGCGUCCUGCAGGGAGGAAAAAUUCGAAAGAAGUGGAACUGAUGCAGGCAAGCAGAUCAAAGAAACUACGUUUGCCAUCGGAAUCCGUUCGAGAUCAAGGGGAACGUAAUGCUGCUUUGCAGCAGUAUAAUGAGAUUCUGCUAUUUAGUUCAGCCCCUGAUGGCUGCGAUGAAGGAGAUGCGGUAGCGUAUUUCAACCUUCUGCGUAGUGAAGCACUUAAAAAAGCGCGCGCACGACUCAGAGAUAACAAUACUGCACAGGAUGCCACUGAUGAUCAAACGUUCACUAAUGGGAGACAACACGCUCCGCAGCGGUCUUUUGUAAGUAUGUUCCCGGAGGCAGACGUAGAGAAGGAGAUAUCUUCAUCUGAUAGGUAG